CCCCGCGCGCAGAGUGUACGCCAUAACGCCCUCUCCGUUCUGCUGUGCCUGGCCCAGCUCUGGCGUCCCUCCUCCUUCCCUCCCCCUCUCCACCCCAGUUUCGUCAGACGCACGCAGUUACGUAGUUGGUCCUGGAGGACAGGACGCAGCUGGAAUCAGGCAAAGCAAGUAAAUGGCAGGUGACAAGCACUGAGGCAGCGGAACUUACUUAUUAGCUCCUGAACACGAGCACUGCUGACUGACAUGAACUGAAUGAAGUAAUUGGUCCGGUCGCAUCCCGGCUCCAUUCAUUUAUUUGCUACAUUUUGACAUUUCUGGGCCGGCCCCUAACACUAUGCGGGCCCCCUGGGUCGCCGAGCGGCUAAUCCGAACCUAGUUACCGGCUACCUGGAGUUAAGCUGUGACUGUCCAAACAAGCCCAGAAACUGAAGUUGAUGCUGGAGCAGAAAGUAGCGAGUCCGUCACUCCAGUUAUUACAGCUGUAGCCUUAAAGUCUGUGAAAAAUGGAUGAGCUGAACAGUGUGUGUGACUCUAUUUAAUCUGACGAGAGUUCCGGAUGGGGUUACAGAAUGCAGGUGGACAGACAAUCGAAUUUGCAUUCGUCUCUGAACUUAAGAGAGAAAACAUCAAUAGCUGUGACAUCUAAAGGACAUUCUGAAGUAGAAGAUGACAAAAGAGCACUCUGCACUUCUACUCGAAGAAGAUGCAUCACAAGGGGCUUAGCAAAUUCAAACACUGCUGCUGCGGAAUCUGUGAUGGUGCAGGCCCAACGACAAGAGGAGUUUCUUAAAUCUAAAGAGGAAAAAAGGCUCAGAGAACAAGAGCGACGGGAAGUGGAAGAGGCCUGCCAAAAAGAAGCGGAAGAGUGGGAAAGGAACUUGCUUGCCCUUUCCAAGCCCACCUCCAUAAAAACCAUGUGGGAAAUACCAGCCAUUGGUCACUUUCUUUGCUUAGCUCAACAAAUUUUGAAUCUGCCAGAAAUUGUUUUCUAUGAGUUGGAACGGUGUUUAUUAAUGCCUCAAUGCAAUGUUUUCCUGUCAAAAAUAAUGACUUCCUUAUUAAGCACCCCACAUCGCAGACCAACUUUACAUCGUAGGCCUAACCUUCCAUAUAAGGAGUGGGAAAGAGCUCUCGGGCAAAGGAUACAGCAGUGGUAUACCAUGAUAGGUCAAGCGGAAAACCCAGAUCAUUGUGCUGAGAAACUUGGCCUCUGCUCUCAGUUUUUUAUGGUACUUGGUGAAAUCAAUCCACUUGAAAAAACUGCAUUUCAUGAGCUGCCAUUCUAUCAAAAAGUUUGGCUGUUGAAGGGUCUGUGUGACUUUGUGUAUGAAACUCAGAGCGAAGUCCAAGAUGCUGUACUUGGCCAGCCUAUUCAUGAAUGUAGAGAACUUAUUUUAGGCUAUGAUUCUCAAGAAAAUGCAUACAUUCACUUUCCUCAGUUUUGUGGUGCAGAUGUCCGUGUGUAUAAACAGAGACCAUUUCGAGCCCCUGAAUAUCCAGUCCCGCCUGUUAAGGUGAAAAGAGCUCUCAAAAGUAGACUGGUGAGAGCAAAAUGUAAGUUUUCUAAUAAAUGCAAUGGAGACCUAAGGACUGCCAAAAAAGUGUUACCUGAAAUCUAUAAGGCGUGCUUUCAGAGCUGUGAGAGACAAGAACACUGCCAUGAAAAACCUCAAGUUGAAAAUUGCAGCAGCACAGUGCAAGAUGCAAAGAUAAUUUGUGAGACAAAAGCCCAUCUGCCAUGCAACACUACAGAAACUGUAUGUUUUAAGGAAAAUGUGGAAAAGCCCAUUAGUCCUGGAGAAGUAGUUGGUUAUGGGGAACCGCUGAGUCCUGGAGAAAUUCGAGUUCUUGAAGAUGUUAAUAAAUAUGGAGAGGCAACAAGAGGCAAAUCAGAAUUUAGCCCUCUUAAAGAAAAUGCGUUUAAAACUUGCCAGAUUCAUGUAAAUAAGAACCACACUGAUAGUCCUGAUGUCAUUUGUCAUCAAGUAGCUAUGGAUAAAAUUUUAGAUAGUUCUUUACUUAACCACAAGAAAUUAAAACUCGGCAGAAUACGGGCCAAAAAGAAAAAAAAUAAGAAAUUUAAAGAUGUAAUAAAUGACUACUUGCACGUUAAAUGUGAUAACCUGCAGUUGCACAAAUUCAGAUCCUUAAAAACUGAAAUUCAAAGCAAGCUGUAUUUUACAAAAAAGAGAGCAAAACAUAAGAAACACAAAUCAGGAAAAAAUACUGUAUUCAAAAAAACAGUUACAAAGAAAAGGAAAACAACUACAAACUCACCUACAGCCCCUGAAUUCCAGCUUGUGUGUACAAAUCUUGACGAACUCAGGGAACUGAUUAAGAAAAUCGAAGGAGAGCUUAAAGUUUUGGAAACCAACAAAAAGAAAUCGGAGAAAUGGUAUUUCAGAAGACAAGGUGUAAAAGAGUUGCACAGCACCUUAGUUCGUUUGCUAAAUGAAUUGCUGCCUUGGGAACCAAAGCUGCAGAAAGCUUUUCAAAAACACAGAGCUCGUCUUAAAAAAGAUUUUGAUGAUUUUAAAAAGUUGCCAGAAUAUAGAAACUUUACCAGGGAACAUGGUUCUUGUGAAGAAUAUGAAGCAUCCAAAUCACCAAGCUCCGCGACUAGCACACCUGCAAUAUGCCAUCAAAAUAUUCUGAAAGACGAUAAGCUUGAUACCCCUAAGCUUAAAGAGAUGGAUGCACAUGAAAGGGACAAAUUAACUAAAAAUGAAUCCUUGAUAAGAGACUUAUCCCCAGUGCGCCAGUGCAGAUCAUCCAUGAGUCCAGGUGCUGAAGCAAAGGAUUUUGUGCUAAGAAAGAAAGCCAAGUUAUGUGCACAGGUGGAUAACCUGCAUUGCACUGAAGUAACACAAACAUGUUGCGGCUUAAAAGACGUAAAACAAGUUAAAUUAGAAGGUCAGCAUAUAUCAAAAGACAUGAUCUGUGCUUCAGUUACAGAUUCUGCUAAAGGAACCAAACCUAUUCAGGCUUUGAUUGCAAAAAACACUGGGAACAAAGUGACCUUAACCAGCCAUCAGACGCAGUCCACAGAUGAGACAGUAUGUGCUGGAGAAACAUCAGCAAUAUCCUAUACUCAGUCAGUUCAGACAAAGCCUUUGCUGACUGACCAGGCAACUUCCAAAAAUCCAUUACAAAGGAUUUAUAAGUUGCCAGAUGGCCAGUGUAUCCCAAUUGACCUACAAAAUUCCAUGGUAAAGAUUCAGGUUCAGCCUAUGACAGAUUCUAAAACUGGGGAAAAUAUAAUGCAGCAGGUUCUAUUUUUGCAAAAAAACCUGUAUAUUCAGUGCAAAGAAGAAAAGGCCGAUGCGAAAGCAAGUCAACAAAUGCAAUCAAACACCGGAGGACAGCUCUGUAUAUCAAAUGAAACAAAUUCCAUACCUCCCAAGAGUUUUGCUUUUCUAGAGAAAACAUUUGCACUGACACCAUCUGUUCACAGCACAAGUAUGGUGCAUUUUAAAAAACAUUCAAGUCCUGCUGUAGUUCCAGAGACUGUAAUAUCCACGCCUGAUAUAAAUGUUUCUCAGUCACAGUGUGACAAGGGCACUACUAAGAUUCCUGUUCUGGGUACUCUUCAAGCAUCACUAGGCCAGUCUGGAACAUGUCUUCCUGUUCAGUCUGACACGGCAAAAGCACCCCAAACUAAGGACAUUGCCAAUCACACACUAAACCUGUCACCUGCAACAACUAGGGAACCAUCUGAAUCAAAGCAAGAACUGAGAACCGUGUGCAUUAGAGAUUCUCAGUCAAUCCUUGUACGUACACGAGGUGGUAACACUGGUGUUGUAAAAGUACAAACAAACCAAGAUCAGACCACUAAUCCAAACUCAGUUUUCUCAUUCACACCACAGCUUCAGUCAUUUUUGGUGUCAAAGGUCAAAACAUUAACUUCAUCCACAUCAACCUCUGUACCACCAGUUUUAUCUUUACCGCCACCCGGCUUUUACUCAUCUUCUGAAUACUCACAGAUAUCUUCAGAAUCUGUUUCUGGAGGUCUAAACCAGGUAUCUGGAACUAACACUAAGCUGUCUCAAAGACAAACUUACAACAGUGAUUUUAUAUCUAAGGUGUCAGAUAAUCUACAGCCUUCUAACCUGCUCUCCUCUGUUCCAUCAACAAGCUCUUGGCUUCCAUCAAAUUCAUGGGGUAAUAUGAAUGCUGCUGUGUCUACUAGUAAUUUAUGCCAUGAUGGUUCAUCACGUGGACGAAGUGGCAUUAUGGUCUCUGCAGCAGACAUAAAACAGCCUGAACAAAAGAUAAGCAAAAUAUCUGUGGUACAACCAGAUAGUACCACAUCAAGAGGUGAACUGGUAAAUGUGCCAAACCUUCAAAGGGUGAAGUUAGUUACAUCUUCUGUUCUUACACCUGGAAAUGCAACAAACAUGAAUGUUUCAGCAACACAAACAUCUUGUUCAAGCACCCCCCAAAAGUUUGUAUUCUUUAAUACACAAGUUCCAACAGGUUUACCUAGUACCACCAUAGCAGUGCAGUCCACAAAACAAACAGUGCCAUCUUUUGUUGGAAAGACACAUGCGAAAAUGUCUGAGCAAUCUCAAAUUAUUUUAAUUCCUUCCACAUUAGGCACACCUGUGAAAAUGAGUUCUACGCCAAUAGUGUCUCAAGUUAAAGAUUUUAAAAUUGGACUAACAAUAGGUCAGACUAUUGUAAAUACUGGCCAUGCUGCAAAAAAUAUCUUACCAGUGCACAUAUUGCAAACAACAUUAACCAAGGGUGAGCAGAGUGUCCUUAAAAAAACUGUUGUCUCAGAUGUAACUAAUUUGAUUUCAGGUCCUGAAAAUGGUGGCCAUAUUGUUGGUCAGAAUCCUAAUUAUGAUUGCACAUUAAAUACAGCAAAAUGGCCUGCAGGAUAUGCUGCUGCCUCUUCUGUUAAUUCUGUUGUAGCACACACCAGUUCCACAGAUCAGAAUAACAGUCAUGUGGCAAGUAAUGUGCCAGCUCUGCCAAAUAGAUUGUCCUCCACAAAUAUAAGCAACACUGUAGCUAUAUCCACAGUAAAAACAGGACAUCUCUCUUCUUCUGUUUUACUGUCAACAACACAAAUGGCUGGUCAGGUGAAGAGCACAUUGUCAUCUUUUCAUAUUCCAGUUUCACCAACAUUUUCUACUUCUUGUGAGCCUUCAAAUGCAACAACUCCAAUAAGUUCUGCGAGUCAACCAUUUUCUAAAGACGAAACGAUUAAUUUUCCAACACAAAUAUAUUGUAAAACACUGUCAACAAAUGUCUGUACAUCACAAGGUUUACAUACUUCUUCAACCACAGUGACUAAACCAAGGUCUGAUUCCUUCUUUUCUCAAGGUUCCUCUGUUCCUUUACAGAUACCCUCAGUACUUCCUUCCACCCAACUGUGUGGACAGUUAAAUGACUCUUGCUUUCAACAGAAGAUCGUUAUCAAUACCAGCACACCACUGGCACCUGGAACCCAGAUCACAAUUAACGGCACAUGCUUUAUUGUGCCACCUCAGGGUCUUGGUGUUGGAAGUCACGUCGUUCUAAUAUCUCCCUGUAUAAAACAAGGGUUUCCUUUAGUUGGUAAUAGUAGGCAGACAGGCCAUGGCCUGGGUAUUAACAAUGCCACAGAACAGCAAAUUACCCUAAAUCAAAAUAUGCCUUUAGCACAAGACCUUAACAAGUCACUUACUAUCUCUAAAAACAUGAAUUCAUUUGGCACUACAAACCUGUUACCUGCUGUACAGGCUUCAACUCUAAUUAGGAUGUCUAAAGAUAGUGCUCCAGUGGAUGGGGUUCCACUAGAGUACCCAGUUUACAACUGCACUUAGACCACUACUACUUUCUGCUUUGUAGCAAGGCAGAUCACCCCAGCUAAGCAACACCUUACCGCUGUCAGCAGAUACCACCAUUAAAGACAUUGGGGUUCUUAAAACUAUUCUGCCUCCAUCUGUAUUGUCAGAUAGUAAAAAUGCAGAUUUGGCCUUUGCCGCAUAUAAGCCCUCUGUGCCAGAUAAAUUGCAUACUAUAGCAUUAUGAGUUAGGUAAAAGAAAAAGAUGUAUAAUUCAGGUUGGGAAUCUUUGUCAUCUGCAUUUUGCUGGACAUAAGUUUACUUUUUUCACCAGCCAUCCAUUAUGCCAACAUUGAAAUGACAGGAAUGGCAGUUAAAGGGGUUGUUCAACUUUAAAUUAACUUUUAGUAUGAUGCAGACAGCGAUAUUCUGAGACAAUUUGCAAUUACUCUUUAUAUUAUAUUAUUUAUUAUUAUUUAGCUUUUUGUUCAGCAGCUCUCUGGUUGCUAGGGUCCAAAUUACCCACACCAGGCAGCAACCAGGCAGUGGUCCUUUUGAGAGAUUGCAAGAAACUGUAAGGUGAACAGGAGAGGGUCUGAAUAGAAAAAAAUUGAUAAACAAUUGUAGCGUCACAGAGCAAUCGUUUUUGACUGCCUUUUGAAAGCAGGAAAAAAAAUGCAAAUAAUUCAAAAACUAUAAAAAAUGAGCACCAGUUGCAAAGUUUUUAAUAAAUGGCCAUUCUAAAACAUACUAAAAGAAUUUGAAUGUGAUCUGCCCCUUUUAAGAUGCACACUCAUGAUUUUGUAGAAUAAUUUUUUUUGUUAAACUAAUUAAGCAUUGUUUGUUGUUUUAAGUACCAUGCAAAGAGUAAAGUUUACAGUUGAUCUGAAAAGACUGUAUGUUUUUUGUAGUUGUUAAUCCAGGGAAGCAUUCUGAAAGCACUUAGUUAAUACCAGGGUUAAAAAAACAAAUAGUUUCUAUAGAAAAUGUCCAGUUUGACAUUGGUAGUCUAGGUCUUUGAGCUCUUUAAUGACUUUGUUGCAGUUUGUCUAGAACAGCAUUUGUCUUUCUACAUUUGUAAAAUUAUUUUUUUCCUUUAAAAUGAUGUAGAAGUGUACAUAUUCUUUAACUUUAACAUUCUUGACUAAAUCUUAUGUAUAAAGAACAGUGUCUUAUUUAUGUUUUGUUUACAUAAUGUAUAGUUUUUUUAAGUAUUUUAGUGAUUUUUUGAACAGUGUACUGUUUAGCAUUGAUGCAGACCAAGCUGCAUGUAAUAAAUUAACUAACUUGCUGUA